AUGAGACUGAUACCUCUCAUCUUCUUGGUUCUCAUCGUUAAUUCAGUGUUGUGUAAUCUAGUUUCUCGUGAUUUCCAGAGAAUCAACUCCGAAUUACUGAAACUCAACCGGAUAAACGCGAUCCUGGAGUGGGAAUCGGCGACUCGACCUUCGGCGAAUGUUUCCAUCUUCAAGAAGGAAUUCUACAGGAUGAGGCAGACCUGGAGGGAGGGCUGGUGUGAUUUUUUGAGGAGAUCCCAGGGGCUCAGGCGGGAGAGGAUGAUUUAUAUUCUCUGCAGAGGACCCAUGUACUCCACCCAGCAGGCGGGCCUGCUCUCCCUCAUGGCGGAUGAUUUGCUCCUGAGUUAUCAGUCCAAACUGGUUUGUGAUUCCACUGGGGAUUGCUCUCGUGGAGAACCUGAGUUGAGGAGACUCAUGACCACCUCCAGGGAUGAACCCGUCCUCAGGUGGGCCUGGAGCUCUUGGAGGGACGGCUUCAGAUCCGUCAAGUCCAUGUUCUUGCAGUUCGUCGCGUUGGGAAACGAUGGGGCCAGGAGGAACGGAUACGAAGACCUCGGGGAAACCUGGAGGGAAGAAAUAGGAAUUCCGAACGUGAAAGUGAUGAUGGACAAGCUGUGGUCAGACGUAAAACAACUGUACCAUUUUCUCCACGCGGUAAUGAGAUAUCGAUUGCAGGAAGUCUACCCAAAAGUCGAUCCUCUCUCGCCCAUUCCUGCACAUUUACUGGGUGACCUGUGGAGCCAAAACUGGGGAGCCCUAGUAGACCUUCUGCAGCCAGACAACUCAAUGAUCUUAAAUAUAACGGAUUCCCUGAGGAACAAAAACUACAGUGUCUUGGAUAUGGUGAAGAGGUCCGAGGAUUUCUACGUGUCUCUGGGGUUUCCCCGGCUGCCCCAGGAGUUCUGGAAGAAUUCGGUCUUUACUCGAGGAGAUGGCGAUGGCAAUUGUCAUGGUUCAGCUAUAAAUAUGUACAAGAAAGGAGACGUACGCAUCCUGGGCUGCUUCGAGGUCAACGAGGAAGACUUCCGAGUAAUUCACCAUGAAAUGGGACAUAUCUACUAUUAUCUAGCUUACGAAGGACAAGAUGCUGUCUCCAGGGCUGGAGUUAAUUCUGCAUUCCACGAGAGCAUCGGAGAGGCAAUUCUUCUGGGAGUGAUGACACCCCAGCAUCUUCAGCGUCUUGGGCUUGCUGGAGACCCUAUUCUCAAUAGCAAUCUUGUAAUAUUAUUGAAAGAAGCUAUGAUCAAACUGCCGUUGAUUGCUUCUGCCUUGGUCAUCGAAAAAUGGAGGUUCCGAGCUUUCGAGGGAAAUCUAGAAGCGUCCGAGUUGAAUGCACUUUGGUGGGAGCUGCACAGCGAGAUCAUGGGGAUUUCCCCGGUCCAUCCCAGACCCGACAACAUCUUCUUCGAUCCACCUGCCAAAUUCCAUGUAAUCGCCAAUGUCCCUUAUAUGAGGUAUUUCUUUGCGAGUUUCUUACAAUUCCAGAUAUUCGACUCGAUGUGUCAAUCGGCAGUCACCGGAAAUAUAAAUAAUAUUAAUUUUUCUAUGCCACUUCAUAAGUGCGACAUUUACGGAUCGAAGGAGGCGACGAAAAAUCUCAGGUAA